AGUUAGUAUUUGUUUUUGUUUAGAUGGUCUAUUAUAAAUUCAUACUGUUCCUACCAGGCAAGUUGUUUGGGCAUAUUACUAAACUGCAAACUUCUGAAGAAUGAAGAUUAGAAACAGUUUUAUUUUGUGUAAUGUUUAUUGCUUGAAGAGUGAAGUUUACUUUGAAAAAAAAAUGUCUAGAUAUUUAUAAAAACAGUUGAUGCACUUUUUAAAAUAGGGUCAUAGAACUUGUAAAAUGUAACUGUGUACCUAAUUAUAAUAUUUAGAACAACGUAGUUACCUUGUUGUUUUAAGUAUUGGAAUAAAUACACGAAAAAGUAUGGAAGGUCUCAAGAGGAUUUUGCCAGCAAAAAUAUAUGAAAUGCUUGAAAGAGCUGGUAUUUGUACACCGAAAGAAAUAGUUACCCUAUCAAUGUGGGAUUUAAAAAAAGCAACAAAUAUGACAGACCAAGAUAUUAAUUUAAUGAAAAUUAUAACAGCAAAUCACAUACGUCCAUCAGUUCUAAGUGCGGAAGAAUUAGAAAGUGAAAAUUAUGUUUUAUCAGGUUGCCCUAAUUUUGAUAAAAUUUUGAAGGGUGGAUUUAAAAAAGGCACUCUCACUGAAUUAUAUGGGGAAAGUGGUUCAGGGAAAACCCAACUAGCAAUGCAAGUUGCUGCUCAGUGUGGGAUGGAUGGAAGCGUUUACAUUUGCACCGAAGACAUAUUUCCUGUUAAAAGAUUUAAUAAAAUUAGCGAAAGCGUUCAUGGCAAUAUUAUAAGCUAUGAAUGUCGACAAAAUAUGUAUAUUGAACAUUUAACAGAAGGACAAGAUCUUUUAUCGUGUAUUCGAGUUCGUUUACCGAAAUUGUUGGGUAAUAAGCGAGUAUCAUCUAUUAUUAUAGACUCGAUUGCUGCACCUUUUCGAUGUGACAAUUCAAAUUAUGUUCAACGAGCAGAAGAUCUUAGAGAACUGGCGAUCUCAUUACUAAGUAUCGCUCAAAAGUUUAAUUGUGCCGUUAUUUGUGUAAAUCAGGUCUCAUCGACCUUUGACGAAACUGAUGAUGUGCUACCUUCCCUCGGGUUAGCGUGGUCAAACAUGAUAACAUACAGGAUGCUAUUAAAAAGAACAAAUAAAGUUAUAUAUUUUCAAGACUCCAAUACUAAUGUUAGAGAAUUAACAAUAGUGUUUAGUCCCUGCUUACCAAAUAAAAUAUCCGAGUUUAUUAUAACAGCAAAUGGAAUAAAAUUCUUAUAAUUAGUAA